AUGAAUCAAUUUUUUCCUACUAGUGAACAAAUACAAAAUCUUGCUAAUAGAGCAAGAGAUGGUGCAAUUGUUCAAAUAUUAACUGGAAAAGAUUUACUUAAACCGAGCUUAGAACGUAAAUUGCUAUUGGAUAAUCAACAUUGUACAAUUAAUGUUGACGAAAUUUGGGCGCAUUUAACAACGUCACAACAAGAGUAUCUUAAGAAUCUCGCAGAUAACAUAAAUAGGAUUCGGAAUUCUGCCAAUAUAGAGUCAAUAGUUCGAAUAAAUACGCCACAAACCGCAAAUACCACUUUAGGAAAUGAUUUUUUAAACGGAACAAAUUUUCAUGAAGAUAAAGAUAAGAGUAUAGAAUCUUUGAUUUUACCUUUAGGUAUGGUUUACGAAAGUUCCUUUCAAUAA